ACCAGGGAGUGAGACCACUGACCACAAGGCACUCAGGGAGCAGACUUCCCAGUGCUCUGGGGAGUCAGGGACCCUGGAGAGUCACUUGCCAGGAGGCCCAGGUGGAAGCGUCACAGGACAAGAGUCUGGAAGUAGGGUUCCAUCAGGGUGACAGGCACGGGUACGAACCUCAGCGCCACUCUGCAGCAAUUGGCCCCCAUGCACUGUUGCACCUUCUUAAGGUCACGUGUGUAGCCUGUACUGGGCGCAGUCACACGUGUUUAGCGUCACUUGUCACGUGCCCCCCCACGCAGCCUCCCAUUCGUUCAGUGGGGUAGCACGUGCUCCUGUGCCCAGCUUGUCCAGGGAGGCUCUUGUACCCCGGAUCCUCAGGCCUUAUGGAAAGCGGUUGGCCUGGCGCGGCGUGGCAGGCCGCCCUGAGUCUCCUCCUGCUCCUGUCUACACCCACUCAAGACGCUGCUGAGACCCAAGAGUUUCGCACCGACAGAAGGGUCGCCGUGAAACAGGACGUGGGUAGGUCCUCACCCCAUCAGGUUGGUGGUGGUCUCGGGCACUGGGCCCCCAGUGGAAUCCACCCCCCUCCCCAGAAACACCCCCUGCACACACUCCGCGGGUUCCUACCCUCAAUUCCCCUUCCCCUCCUCUCCCACCCCCAACUCCGCGUCAUCCCCAGCCCCAUGUCUGUGCCCCCAGCCGGGGGCUGCUGCUCCUUGCGCUCUGCUCCUGUCUCCGCAGCCUGCGGCCAGCGCCGCGUGCAGGCGAGGAUCUCGGGGGGCAGCAGCGCCCCAGAGGGCAAGUGGCCCUGGCAAGCCAGCCUGCACUACGCGGGCUUCCACAUCUGCGGUGGGACCAUCAUCCACGCCUACUGGAUACUGUCGGCCGCCCACUGCUUCGGCAAGGAAAAGAACAUCAAGGCAUUUGACAUGUAUGUAGGCCUUGUGAACCUUAACGCUGUAGGCUGUCACACCCAGUGGUUUGAGAUAAAUCGAGUGAUUCUGCACCCUACGUACCAAAUGUACCACCCUGUUGGAGGUGACAUCGCUCUGGUGCAGUUGAAAAACCGCAUCGAGUUUUCUGACUACGUGCGUCCAGUCUGCCUGGCACCCCCUGAUGUGAACCUUAACAACCUUACUUGCUGGUCCUCAGGAUGGGGAGUUAUAUCUUUAGAUGGUAACACCUCAGAGAGUCUACAGGAGGCACCCCAGCCUCUGAUCCCAGUGGCCAUAUGCAGAUUUCUGUAUGGCUAUGAGUACAUUCUGCCUGACAUGCUGUGUGCCGGUGACAUCCAGAACAUGACAAGUGUGUGUGAGGGUGACUCUGGCGGCCCACUUGUCUGUGACUUCAACAACACCUGGAUUCAGAUUGGAGUAGUGAGCUGGGGUCGUGGCUGCUUGUACCCCGUGUUCCCUGCUGUGUAUGCCCGAGUCUCCUAUUUCUCAAAGUGGAUAUUUUAUCAGAUAUCACGCACACCCCUGCCUCCUCCACUUUUGCCCUCGUGCUCCUCCACUCUGGGGGCCACUGCCAGAGUCUUGGUGACCAGCCUGGCCAUCCAGUCAGUGAUGUGAGGGCCAAGUCUCCAUUUCCCCAAGGCUGCCUGCCUCCUGCUCGGCCCCAGCCCAUUGGGUCUGCGCUAGGCUGACUAGCCUAGCCCAGAUGCAUGUAGGGAAGGGGCCGACCAGGGCCACAUGCAGGAUAGAGGCCAGUCUUAGCACAGGAGGCCAGCUUGCCUGCAGAGAUUACUCACUGGGCACGUGAGGUUUGGUAAGACAUCCAGUGUGUGCAAAGUGAGAGUCCCAGAAGUCCAUCCUGUAUCCCCCUUUCCACCCAGAAUUCAUGACUAUAUGCUCUCAGCACCUUGCUGGGAUGACAGGCAAGUGGGGCAGGAGAAGAUGCACAGGCUAGUCACAGGCUCUCUAGAAACAGCAGUCAUCUGCUUUGAAAAAUGGAAAACAUGAGCUGGGCAAAGUCACAUGGAACUGAAGAGACAGAAAUCAGUGGUUACAUGUGGGGAACAGUAAACUAGCACUUGACAAACC